GGGGUCUGCGCCUGCGCGAGGGCUCCGCGCGCUCUAGCCGGAGCGCGGGCGCGCUCUCAGGCGGGUCCGGCGGCACCUAAGCGAGCGCGGCGAUGGGGAGCGGCGGCGUGGUCCACUGUAGGUGUGCCAAGUGUUUCUGUUAUCGUACAAAGCGAAGAAUAAGGAGGAGGCCCCGAAACCUGACCAUCUUGAGUCUCCCCGAAGAUGUGCUCUUUCACAUCCUGAAAUGGCUUUCUGUAGAGGACGUGCUGGCUGUCCGAGCUGUACACUCCCAGCUGAAGGACCUGGUGGACAACCACGCCAGUGUGUGGGCGUGUGCCAGCUUCCAGGAACUGUGGCCGUCUCCAGGGAACCUGAAGCUCUUUGAAAGAGCUGCUGAAAAGGGGAAUUUCGAAGCUGCUGUGAAGCUGGGCAUAGCCUACCUCUACAAUGAAGGCCUGUCUGUGUCUGAUGAGGCCCGCGCAGAAGUGAAUGGCCUGAAGGCCUCUCGCUUCUUCAGUCUCGCUGAGCGGCUGAACGUGGGUGCUGCGCCUUUCAUCUGGCUCUUCAUCCGCCCUCCGUGGUCGGUGAGCGGAAGCUGCUGCAAAGCCGUGGUUCACGAGAGCCUCAGGGCAGAGUGUCAGCUGCAGAGGACUCACAAAGCAUCCAUAUUGCACUGCUUGGGCAGAGUGCUGAGUCUGUUCGAGGAUGAAGAGAAGCAGCAGCAGGCCCGUGACCUGUUUGAGGAGGCUGCUCAUCAGGGAUGUCUGACCAGCUCCUACCUCCUCUGGGAAAGCGACAGGAGGACAGAUGUGUCAGAUCCUGGGCGAUGCCUUCACAGCUUCCGAAAACUCAGGGACUACGCUGCCAAAGGCUGCUGGGAAGCGCAGCUGUCUUUAGCCAAAGCCUGUGCAAAUGCAAACCAGCUUGGACUGGAGGUGAGAGCGUCCAGUGAGAUCGUCUGCCAGCUAUUUCAGGCUUCGCAGGCUGUCAGUAAACAGCAAGUCUUCUCCGUGCAGAAGGGACUCAAUGACACAAUGAGGUACAUUCUGAUUGACUGGCUGGUAGAAGUUGCCACCAUGAAGGACUUCACAAGCCUGUGCCUGCACCUGACCGUGGAGUGUGUGGACCGGUACCUGCGGAGGAGGCUGGUGCCGCGGUACAGGCUCCAGCUGCUGGGCAUCGCCUGCAUGGUCAUCUGCACCCGGUUCAUCAGUAAAGAGAUCCUGACCAUCCGGGAGGCCGUAUGGCUCACGGACAACACGUACAAGUACGAGGACCUGGUGAGAAUGAUGGGCGAGAUCAUCUCCGCCUUGGAAGGGAAGAUUCGAGUCCCCACUGUGGUGGAUUACAAGGAGGUCCUGCUGACACUAGUCCCCGUGGAGCUGAGAACCCAGCACCUGUGCAGCUUCCUCUGCGAGCUCUCCCUGCUGCACACCAGCCUGUCCGCCUACGCCCCAGCCCGCCUGGCUGCUGCAGCCCUGCUCCUGGCCAGACUGACGCACGGGCAGACACAGCCCUGGACCACUCAGCUGUGGGACCUCACUGGAUUCUCCUAUGAAGACCUCAUUCCCUGCGUCUUGAGCCUUCAUAAGAAGUGCUUCCACGAUGACGCCCCCAAGGACUACAGGCAAGUCUCGCUGGCCGCCGUGAAGCAGCGAUUUGAGGACAAGCGCCACGGGGAAAUCAGCCAGGAAGAGGUGCUGAGCUACAGCCAGUUGUGUGCAGCAUUAGGAGUGACACAAGACAGCCCCGAACCCCCGACUUACCUCAGCACAGGGGAGAUCCACGCCUUCCUCAGCUCUCCUUCGGGGCGGAGAACCAAACGGAAGCGGGAGAACAGCCUCCAGGAGGACAGAGGCAGCUUCGUUACCACCCCCACUGCGGAGCUGUCCAGUCAGGAGGAGACGCUGCUGGGCAGCUUCCUCGACUGGAGCCUGGACUGCUGCUCUGGCUACGAAGGUGACCAGGAGAGCGAGGGCGAGAAGGAGGGCGAUGUUGGAGUCAUGGCGGGCAGCUGUCCAACUUGGAAGAGGCAUGUCACCCACACUUCUCACCACAGGAGGGUAACACAGGGGACCGUAGCAAGUGACAGCUCCCAGCGGCAUCCUCGAUGUCACCGUGGUCUACCUGAACCCAGAACAGCAUUGCUGCCAGGAAUCCAGUGAUGAGGAGGCUUGCCCAGAGGACGAGGGACCCCAGGACCCACAGGCACCGGCGCUGAACACCCAGAUCCCUGCAACCCCUGGACCCAAACCCCUGCUCCGCACCAGCCAGGAGCCAGGGAAGGAUGUCACGACCUCAGGGUACUCCUCCGUCAGCACCACGAGUCCCACAAGCUCUGUGGACGGUGGCUUGGGGGCCCUGCCCCGACCUACCUCAGUGCUGUCCCUGGACAGUGACUCGCACAUUCAGCCCUGCCACCAUCAGGCCAGGAAGUCAUGUUUACAGUGUCGUCCCCCAAGUUCCCCGGAGAGCAGUGUUCCCCGGCAACAGGUGAAGCGGAUAAACCUAUGUGUACACAGUGAGGAGGAGGACAUGAACCUGGGCCUUGUGAAGCUGUAAGUGGGUCAGCGCAUUUGCCGCAGUGGAUGUGUACUGAGGGCUGGAGGCGAAGGGUGGGAGCACAGCGCACAGCACAGGAAUGCCGUGUAGACCCUGGAGGCCUUUGCACAGAAAGCAGAGAGGGUGACUUGCGGCCACCAAGUUUCUCUCUCCGCGGGAGUCCUGUGCAAGCCAUCAGAAUGUUGAAAUGAGGGUGAAGAGCUCAGAUCCCUCUCUUUGGAAAGUUUAGCCUCGAAGCAGUUGGCUGCACUGCGUGGAGGGCACCUCUCUGUCCCUUCCGUGUCUCACUGUCUCUGGAAGCUUCAUCCCAUACGUGUCCUGGUCUUCCCAGCCCCACCAGAGCCCCGUGCCGGGAGCUGACAGCUUUCAUGCUCAAGGCAUGUGUGACCUGGGUAGUCAGACACCACUCAAGCCCCUGCCCACAUCUGCUGGUUUGGGGCUCCACUGGGGAGCUGACAGCUCUGAGCACACCACUGUCCCCUCAUCCACCUCGGCCUACAUGGGGCACCCGCUUCUUUCUGGGUGGGGCUUCCAUGGUAAGGGGGCCUGCGUCCGUGCACACUGCGUGGACUGCCUUGGCCACAGGCCGACUCCCUACGACACAUUACUCAUUUUAGAGCUCUGUCCCAGGGGCGUUCGUCUGUGACCCACAGAUGGUGUCAAUGUGAACACCUCUCUUUGUGCUGAAUUUCUGGGCCAUUCUUUUCCUGUCUUUAUUUCUAAAUCUCCUUCUUCCAAGAGGAAAACAAAAGAAAAACUUAAAACAGAAGGUAUUAAAAAAACAAGAGAUUCCCACCAUUAUUUAGGUUCAACUGCAAAACAAAAAUCUUACUCCAGCCCCUCAAUGCCAUCCUGACACACUUUAUGCAAAAAAAAUUUUCCCAGAUAGGCUAGCCAGAAAAAACUUGAAGUCCUCUGUAACAUCUGAGGUGACCAAAAGGCAGAAGAGCAGAGCAGUCGGGGGCCAUGUGCUGGCUGAUCCCAACUGCAGCUCUGCUGUGGGGGCCUGUGGGAGGGAGGCAGACCCCUGGGCUUUCCUGCUGGCCACGGAGACUCUGCUCCUACAUGGAAACGGUGCCUGGGAGCCAGCAGCCUGCGCCUGGGGAGCCUGCCUGGGGCCAUGUGACCGUGGCCUCUCCCUGGGGAUGGGCUGACCACAACACACCCUGCUGCCAUCCACUUCUGUUUCCUCUGCAAAUAUAAGAAAGAACCACUUGGCCAGAAGUGUCCCCCAGAUGCUUUUUCUUUUUUGGAGACGGAGUUUUGCUCUUGUCACCCUGGCUGGAGGGCAGUGGCAUGAUCUCAACUCUCAACUCACUGCAACCUCUGCCUCCCGGAUUCUCCUGCCUCAGCCUCCCGGGUAGCUGGGGUUACAAGCACCCAACCACGCCCGGCUAAUUUUUGUAUUUUUGGUAGGGAUGGGAUUUCACCAUAUUGGCCAGGCUGGUCUCGAACUCCUGACCUCAGGUGAUCUGCCCACUUCGGCCUCCCAAAGUGCUGGGAUUACAGGCAUGAGCCACAGCGCCUGACCCCCAAAUGCUCUUGAACCAGAAACCCAGGGCUGGGAGAUGCUCACUGAGCUGCUACUUUUCUGUGUGCUGGUGCUGUGUGUGUUCGUGUCUGUGGCAGCUGUCUUUUUGCUACUAUAAGGGAAUUCUGGCCACCCUGGGUGGGGCGUGGUCGGGGUGAGAACCCAAGCGUUGGAACUGUAGACCUGUCCUGUCGACUGUGUGCCCCGGGCAUGUGUGAGCCUCAGUUUCCUCAUCUGUAAGAGGGGGCGAUGAUACCUACCUCACAGGGGUGUUGUGAGGAUUAAAUGUGAGGAUAGUGGCA